AUGAUACUGAACGUGGUCCCAGUGAUAUUUAUACAGUAUAGUAAUUUAUUUUUAUAUUAUGUAUUAAUAUAUUCCCUUUUCACUCAAACCGCCAACAGAGCAUCGAGAGUGUGUAGACUUUGGCGGAAGGUGGCCACCAACAACCGCUUAUGGCACACUGUUGACCUGGCCACCGGGCGCAUCAAGCCCCGCUAUCGCAACGAGAGAAAGCUCCUCUGGAUAUUGGAGAACAGAUUAUCUGAAGUCCGUGACUUAAACCUUGGUGGGUGGAACGACGCCGUGACGCCACCUAUCCUGCCAAGGCUAGUAGAGUUGUGUCCAGAACUGACUAGCCUCAACUUAUCUUACUGCCACAAGAUCCAUUCUGAGAACCUCCAUACACACCUCUCCUUAUGCAAAAAGCUGGAGCGCCUCGAUCUCACCAAUGUCAUGGCAUCCCAUAAACCUACUCCCCGAUGUGCUGUGGGUCAGCAGACCUUAUCAGACAUGGCAUUGACCAUGAACACUAGAUUGACGCAUCUGACACUGGCAAACAACACUCUGUCGAAUGUGCCAGGACUCGUGUGGAGGUGCCUUAGCGAGAGUGAUCACUGCCAAAAUCUCCAAAUACUGGACCUGUCAAAUGUGUUGACCAUUGGCCGUGACUGUGUUAGGAUCAACAUAGAGCUGCUACAGAAAGGAUGCACAAAGCUGAGAACUCUAAGACUUACCAAUUCUAACACCAGACUCUCACAGACAUCCAUGUCAGUGCAAGCAUCAUCACCAGGGUUUCCUGAGCUUGAGGAGUUGAGUUUGGCUGUUGAUGGAAACUUGAGCGUUGGAAUGAACGACAGUGAACUUGAGCGGAUUCUAAAGAACUCCCAUAAGCUUCGUCUGCUGGAUGUGAGAGGGUGCAUCAACAUAACAGACUCCUCUUUAGUCCGCAUUCCACCAUGGGAUUUAGAGCACCUGUUUUUAGCUGGAUCCACGUCUCCCAAGUAUUACUCUGACCGCCUGGAGCUGGUGGUGCGCAAGUGGCAACAUUCACUAGUAGAACUGGAUCUGUCGUGGACUGCUAAUGCAGACAGUAUUGAUGCUGCUCUCAUUGCCAUAUCGGAAGAAUCUGAUAAUAAACUCAGGUACCUGAACAUGUGUGGGUCCUCAGUGACCUUCCAACCCAUCCGCCAAGUAUUAGCAAGGUGCAAGCACCUAGAAACCAUCAACUUGACCUCAUGCCGAGCUCUGCCGAGGGGGCUGAAGCGAUUCCAUGAGGCCCUACAGUUGAUCUCGCUUCGUGCAGACAUAGCAAAGGGUAAAUUUGAUGAAAAUCCAGAUCAAGAUGAUGACGACUAGGCCAGUGUGGGCUAGUCCAUAAAGAGCCAGCUGCCCAGCUCAUGUGCCCAGUACAAAGCAAAUGUAUUUUGCCUCCCAUCAUAUAAAUGAGGAAAAUUACUGCAUGUCAAAGAAAUGUAAGUUUUUCUCUCUACAUGGAAGGCUGACUUGGUUGGGGUCACAAAAUUACUUUCAUGGAGUUUUGCCAUAAAGAAAAUGGUAAUGUGUAUUGUUUUGUAAAUGCUUUACAGUCUAUGAACAAAGCGUGGAAGACGUGUUCUAUUUAGGAAGCCUACGUGCUCCAAGAUGUAAAAAAUCUGGUUAUAAUGUGUGUUCAUCGUUCAGUCUUACCAGAAGGUUCUCCAGAGGUAAUAUUAUUCAAUUUAAUAUUAUCCUGCCAGUGUUUAGGUUUAUUUUUGCCAGUGUUCAUAUAUUCUUAAUGUAUAUCUUUUCUGUUUCCUAUUUUCUACUUUUUUUUUUCUCCCCUAAUUCUAAUAUCUAAUAACUAAUAUUUUCUGACUUGUCACUGUUCUCUGAGAAGUGUGACAAAAAUUAUUUGAUAUUAUUCAUAGUCAAGUGACUGGAGCCUUGUUUUUAAUGCGGAGGGGACUUCUUUACCCUCUGGACUACAUUGAUCCGAAGAAAUUAUUUUUUGAAUGGGAAGAAUCCUGUUUUCGGGUUAAUGAUGAUGGUGUUCAUUUGCAGUUACAAAAGUAAUCUUGCUGUUUUUUUAUACACACACCAACUGAUGUGCCCUGCCGUCAAUCCUCCUGGGUCAUUUCCUUUCAUGUGUAUCUUCCGUCAUAGACUUGUUGACCAUUGGGAAGUAGAGCCCCCUGUCAAAGCGCUUCAUUGGUUUAUAAUUCUCAUCAGUAGUAAGUGGUGUGCGGAAGUUAGUUUGCUAUUGUCUAAUAUAUACUAUGGUGUGAUGUUAAGGUGCGGUUUCGCUGGUUAAGAUUAUAAAGAAUGAGGCUGUACGUAGACUGUCUUUUCCAGACUUAAUAAGUUACUUUUUAUAAGAGUUUAUCCUUUAUGCCUUUUUUGACUUUUAAUGUCCAGUGCUGUUGUGUAGCAGAUGUUUUAUUUUGAAAUAGACAGAUUUUUCUAUUUGAAAAACCAUAUCCACUUUUCCACUGUGAACAGAUGUGAGAAUGAUUAUAUCAUACAAUAAAGAAUGGAUGCUAUUUCCUUCAUUUGAACAUUUGAUACUUAUUGUAUAAUAGACUAUUUGUAAUACAAUUGAAAGUGAUGUGAAGAAUAACUAACAAAAAUGAUCAUGGCUGUAGUUUGUGUAUGUAAAUCAGCAUCGUGCGAGGGUAGUCACUGUUUAAGGCCAUUUUUGUUUACGUCUUUUAUUUAUUUACUACUGUGAUUAUUGAUAUUUAUUUUAUCAAAUAUGUUUUUUCUAAUUUAGAAAUAAGACCUAGGCAACUAUAGAUUAUCACGAGCAUGUCGUCUCCGGACAGAAGUACUGAAUGGAUAUAUUAGAGCUUGUUACCGGAGAAGUUUUUCAUUUUUUAAAGUCUUUUAUUUAUCUACCUUUUCUGGCCAAGGUAAUAUGAAAUUGAAGGGAAAGCAAUACAGUAAUGUUCUAAUGAUAUAUUGUUUUGGCAUCAGCAUGUGGAACAACAUUUAGUCAAGGUACAUUUUAACACUUCCACAGGACAUCCCAUCAGAUAAAAGAGUAAGAGAAGAGAUUAUAUAUAUAUAUAUAUACUUAUACAUAUAUAUUACCAGGUGGUUUAAUUAUUCUGCACAAUUAAUCUUCAUUUUUCUCCUCUUUAUUUUUGUAUGCUUAUUAUUAUUAUUUUUAUUAUUAUUAUUAUUAUUAUUUAUUUAUUUAUUUAUUUAUUUAUUUAUUAUUUUAUUUAUUUUUUUUUUUUUUCCCUUCCCUUCUUCAUCUGCAAUAUCUAAGGACAUACGUAAAAUGCUGUGCCUUCCUGUUACCAUGACGAUCACUUUCUGUUAAUUCCAAAUCCAUAGCUUGCCUUCCUCAUGAC